ACUAUUAUAUAUCCCCAAAUUUAAUUAAAAAAAUCCCCCUACAAGAACAUUUCCUUCUUCUUCUUCUUCGUCUCCUUCUCAACCCCUGCCUCCAUAUCUGCCAUGAAUUUCAUCAUGGAGCAACUGGUGCUUCUCAUUUCCACUGCCCUCAAUUACCUUGCCACCCUUUUCUCCCUUCGCCGUUAUCAUCAUGACCUUACUUUGAUCAUCCGCGAGGAGAACUGGCCACCCAACCAAGUCUACGACGCCGCCCACCUUUACCUCCCAACCAUUGACUUGAUCAAUCCCUCCACUCGGACCAUCCGAGUCACCAAAACACCGCGGCAAGAAGCCGUCAAGCUCGCCACUGAAAGCGGUGAACAAGUCGCCGACGCCUUUGAGGGCAUUAACCUGAACUGGCGUUACGUGGUCGAAAAACAUCCGAGCGGCUGUGUUGAACAUCGCUUUGAGCUGACGUUUCAAAAGGAACACAAAGACAAAGUCAUGACCUCCUACUUGGCCUAUGUUGUUCGUCGCGCCGAAGCCAUUAAACAAGAGAGCAAGAUUAUCAACCUCAGCAACGUUUACUCAGACAGCGAAGUCGAGUUCGAGCACCCGGCUACGUUCGAGACCAUCGCCAUGGAGCCCGGCCUAAAGCAAAAGAUUAUAAAGGAUUUGGAGAGGUUUGUGAGCAGGAGGGAGUUUUAUAAGAAGGUGGGCAAGGCUUGGAAAAGAGGCUACUUGUUGUAUGGCCCUCCUGGCACUGGCAAAUCCAGCUUGAUUGCAGCCAUGGCUAAUUAUCUCAAGUUUGAUGUGUUUGAAUUGGAGCUUGAUAGUAUUGAAAGUGACAGUGAGUUGAAGAGCGCGUUGCUGUCCACUACAAAUCGUUCCAUUUUGGUGAUUGAGGAUAUUGAUUGCUCCGUCAAUGAUGAGGAACGCAGGUACACACUCUCGGGCCUACUAAACUUCAUGGAUGGUCUGUGGUCAAGUUGUGGUGACGAGAGAAUUAUCGUUCGGGCCUACUAA